AUGUCAGCGCCCUUAGACACGGUACUGGGCACGACCGACGGUGGCGUCGAGGUCUACUGCUACGAUCACGAGACGCUCGGCGAGUCGGCGCUGGCGGAUCGCAACGACUUGAAGAACGUCGUCGACGGGAUCACAACCGGCUACAAGUGGCAGUGCGUCGAGCUCGGACGGCGCUACCUCUUGGUCAACCAUGGCGUCGUGUACGACAACAUUGCCAUGGCGUACGACAUCUUCCGCCUCAAGUACGUCCGGCGCGUGGCCGACAAUGUGCUCUUCCCGCUUGUGCCUCAAGCCAACGGGGUAGCGACGCGGCUGCCGGCGAAAGGCGCGCUCUUGAUCUGGAACCCUCUCGGCAAGUUUGAGCGCACGGGCCACAUUGCCGUCAUCGUCGGCGCGACGGCCUCGUACACUGACAUUGUGGAGCAGAACGUCGACUUUACCGUGUGGCCGGCGGGCCAAACGUACUCGCGCCGGCUGCCGACGACCACAUGGGCGUGGCGCACCGCGCUCAACGAGCUUUCGGACGACGAGUGGACCGAGUUCUUGUCGACGGACGACGCCGACGCAAUGGGCUGGGUCACGCCGAAGCACUGUCGGCACCAGUACGACAGCAUCAAGCUCGUCGACGUGCUCUUCAGCCCGAGCAUCCGCGUCUUUGAGCCGCUCUGGACGCUCAUUCCAAGCUCGAAAGCGAUUUUGCCCGUUCUCAACACGCUCUACCCGCACCACCCGCUGCUACUAACGUCGUCGUUUGCGCUCACGCCAGCGCUGCAGGCCGCGGGCUACGUCAUCAAGCCCGUGGCGGGCCGCGCGGGUGCCAACAUCUCGAUCGUCGAUGUCCAUGGCAGUGUUGUAUCGCAGUCGGACGGCCGCUGGAGCAACGAUACGCCCGUGUACCAAGAGCUGGCGCUGCUCCCAAAGCACAACGGCAAGUACGUGCAACUCGGCACGUGGGCGAUUGGCGGCGAGUAUGGCGGCACGAUUAUCCGUGCCGACGCCAACAAGAUCAUGGGUCUCGAGUCGUUCGCCUACGCGAUGCGCGUCAUCGAGUAG